AGGAUAAGGAUCCUAAUUUGGACACCAUGUUGAAUAUCCCAUCAGCACUUACUACAACAGUAAUUCCUGUUAUAGUGACUGUUCCUCAAGGCAAAGGAAAACCAAAAUCAAAAGGCAAAGAAAAACCCAAAGAAUCUCUUAAAGAAGAGGAACACCCAAAAGAAGAAGAGAAAAAGGAAGAAGUGGAACCAGAACCUGUUUUACAAGAGACUCUUUAUGUUCCCACUUUCCAAAACCUAAACAUGUCUUGCCCGAAUGGGCUCCUAGUGACCUUCCUUGGGCAAGAGCCUACAGAUCAGAGUGCUGUGGAUGAGGAACCCACUUGGGACAUCAUGAUCCGGCAGAGCUACCCCCAGAAGGUGAAGCACUAUGAGUUCUAUAAAACGGUGGUCCCACCUGUGGAGCAGGAGAUAUCGAGAGUCAUCACUAGGCAAGGCACUGUUGUCAAGUACAUGUUGGAUGGAUCCACACAGAUCCUCUUUGCCGACGGUGCUGUGAGCAGUAGUCCUGAUUCAGGUCCUGUUUGUCCUCCUGCUGAAAUGCCAACAAGCCCUCACAGCGGGGACUUGGCGGACACAGCUUCUCAGCAAAAAUCAGAAAUAGUGCCAUCUGAGAUUGUCAUCACAAAGAAAGGAAAAAGUCACAAAAAUCAGUCAUCAGUGGCACAUAAGAAUGAAAGCCAUGAACCUCACCCAGAGACAGUUCAAACAGUAACUCCUGUAGAGGUUCAUGUAGGCACGUGGUUUACAACCACACCUGAAGGAAAUCGGAUUGGCACCAGAGGACUGGAAAGAAUAGCAGACUUGACCCCAUUACUAUCCUUUAAGGCCACAGAUCCUGUCGUUGGAACGGUUAUGACAACUCGAGAAGACAGAGUGAUCAUUGUGGAAAGGAAAGAUGGUACUCGGAUAGUGGAUCAUGCUGAUGGGACCAGAAUCACAACCUUCUAUCAAGUUUAUGAAGAUCAUAUUACUCCUCCAGAUGAUCAAGAAAUAACCGAAAGUCCGCGUACGGUCACCAGGCAGGUGAAGUGCAUGCGGAUAGAAAACGCACACUAUGCCACUAUCAUCACCAACUGCGAGGACAGUAGCUGCUGUGCCACCUUUGCAGACGGGACGUCUGUUAUUGCAAAGCCACAGGGAACAUACCAGGUGUUACCUCCAAACACAGGCUGCCUUCACAUUGAUCGGGAUUGUUCAGCUAUAUAUUGCCAUGAAUCAAGCAGUGAUCUAUACCAUCCUUUCCAAAAACGUGAGCAGCUAAGAGCUAGCAGGUACAUCAUGAAGCACACGUCAGAGGUUAUCUGCGAGGUCCAGGAUCCUGAGGGAAAUACCUUCCAGGUUAUGGCUGAUGGCAGUGUAUCAACCCUGCUACGUGAAAACAAUUUGGAAGAUGAGUCAAAUGAAAAAACUGAAGGCUAUGAUAGCUUAUCAUCUACUCAUCUGUAUAAGAAUCAUCUGCAAAUCUAUGGUGAACAUGUACCCAGGUUUUUUGUCAUUUAUGCUGAUGGGUCAGGAGCGGAACUCCUUCGAGACAGUGACAUAGAAGAAUACCUAUCCUUGGCAUAUGGAGAAUCAACCACUGUAGUUCUCCAGGAGCCAAUGCAGGAACAGCCAGGUACCCUGAGCAUCACUGUCCUUCGCCCUUUCCAUGAAGCAUCACCAUGGCUAAUGAAGAAAGAAUCAGAUACAAUUGUUCCUCCGAAUCUCCGGUCAAGGUCAUGGGAGAAAUUUCCCUCAGUUGAGAAAAAGACUCCUGGACCUCCGUUUGGCACUCAGACUUGGAAGGGUCUUGACAUUGGGUCCAAACAGCUAGUGAGUGUCCCAGCCCCUAUACUCAAGAGCCCCUGUGUUCUACAGAUGCGUCAGUUCAUCCAGCAUGAGCUCAUAAAAGAUGAGGUGAAACUGAAGCUGCAGAUUUCUCUUAAGGAUUAUAUAAACCACAUCCUGAAGAAAGAAGAUGAGCUGCAGGAAAUGACAAUUAAAGAUUCCAGAACCGAGGAGGAAAGAGGCAACGCUGCAGAUCUCCUCAAGCUAGUCAUGUCAUUCCCUAAAAUGGAAGAAACUACAAAAAGUCAUGUAACCGAAGUUGCAGCCCACCUAGCUGAUUUAUUCAAGCAAUCAUUGCCUACCUCUCCAGAAGGUCGGCCAGAAACAAUGGAUACAGAUUUCCUUGAAAGGAAAUGGAGGCAAACAACAAAAGGAAAGCCCUGGAGAGAAAAGUUGGAAAAAAAGAGGAAGGAAAUUGACAACACAAAAAAUUACCUAAUGGAAAUUAGGAACAAAGUAAUAUCACCCUACUUCAAAUCGGAAGUGAGCAAGUUAUGUCAGCCUAAGUUGAAUUACCUGGACACCCUUUCCAAAAACUUGCCUCCUUUUACAAAGGCAGCCGAAGAUGCAGACAAAACAGCUGGUGAGGAAACAUCCGAUCUUCCUCCAGAUUCCCAGCCAAAACAAGUUUCAGAACAUGAAUCCUCACAAACACCGAGUGUUCCAAAACUGAAGGGUUUUGUGGAUGUCAUGGAGUCUGCUGGCCAGAACCAAACUGAAAAUGUAGCAAAAUGUACUGAAGAAGCAGAAUCCUGGGGGCCCGUGAGAAUCCCCACCCAGUCGUUGCUGCAGGAUGCUGCAGGCCAAGCCAGGAAAGAAAAAGUGAAGUUGCCUCACUACUUGCUGAGCUCCAAGCCCAAGUGUCAGCCUCUCACGAAGGUGCAAGAUUCGGUUGGAGGAAAAGUGAAAACAUCCUCUGUGGCGUCUGCUGCCAUUAAUAAUGUGAAUUCAUCCCCUUUUGGAUUCCACCUCCUCCCACCAUUCGUGAAGUUCGGAGUACUCAAAGAAGGACACACCUAUGUGACCACUGUGAAGCUCAAGAAUGUUGGAGUGGACUUUUGCAGGUUUAGGGUGAAGCAGCCCCCGCCCAGCACAGGACUGAAAGUGACAUACAAACCCGGGCCUGUGGCAGCAGGUUUGCAGACAGAUCUGAAAGUGGAGCUAUUCGCCAUGGCUGUUGGAGAGGAAGGUGCCAAGGGAUCAACACACGUCUCGCACAAUAUUGAGAUUAUGACUGAGCAUGACAUCCUGUUCUUACCUGUGGAAGCAACAGUCUUAACAAGCAGCAAUUAUGAUAAGAGACCAAAAGACUAUCCUCAGGGAAAAGAAAAUCCCAUGGUCCAGAGGACUUCUACAAUUUCUUCUUCUGCACUUGGAGUCUUCAUGUCCCGUAAAAUUUCUCCACAUUAGGUCCGUUUCCUCUCGGUACAGCUCGACAGCCUCCAUGAUCCUCUCAGCCUACACAGAUGGCGACAAAGGACAGAACUUAUCACCACACACCUAUCAUCCCACAAACACGGCAACCAGAAGGCCUAACCAGAGAACAACCAGACAGCUUGAACCCGUGUAAUAAACAUGUGCCAGGAGAGUGCCAAACAGCCCUCUGCAGACGUCUCUGGUUUGUCUUUUCUUUCCAAUUUAUAGGGAGGAGACUCAGUGUCUUGGAUUCAGGGGUGCCGUGUGUAUGUGUGCUAGUGGAGCGGGGCAGCUCCAAGACACGUGACAGGUGCCGCUUCCAGGAGACCGGGGACACCGAACUUUCCUUUCUACAAACCACCACCGACUCAGCACUACUUCUGUCCUCGGUUACAAGGGAGGACAACAGAGGUUAUGAUCUCCACCUGUAUAUUUCAUCAACUUGUUGCCACAGAAGGGCUAUCUGGUUGAUAAAAGCUUCCAUUAAAAAGCCGGGAUCCUCUUUAAAAAUGAAGA